UCCCUCCCUCGCGCUCUCCCCUUGGCUCUCGGCUCUCCUCUGCUCUGUUUGCGAUCUCGUCGUUCUGUCCGGGUCGGAGCUUCUCGCCGGCGAACGGGCACAGUUGGGAGCGAGCACCCUCCUCUUCGAUCUGGGGGGGAAGAAUUUAGAUUCUUAUUGCGGUGAUCUCAUUCCGUCUCCUUUUCUGAAGGUUCCGUUUCGCUUGGUUCUUGAACAGUCUAAGUUUCGAUUCGGGUUCAAGAUUUUGUUGGAUUUUGAUUUUUCUUCGUUGUGAUCGAUCGUAAUUGACGUUUCCAGCGACUUGAAUUUUGUUGUUCUUGGGGUUCUUGAUCAAUUCUUGGUUAUCGAUAAUCUAGGUUUUCGAGUUUCUCUCGAGAAGAUCAAUCUUUCUUGUUUUCUUGAUCGUUUCUGGUUUCUUGUUUUCUUGAUCGUUUCUGGCCACAAGGCCGAUUCUCGUUCUGUUUUCCAUUGGCAAAAAUGGCUUCUUCUCGUUCUAGGCGUGUGGAGUACGACCGCUUCAUCCCGUUCCGGUCGGCGAUGGACAUGGACUACGCACGCUUUGCCCUAACCAUGCCUUCGCGACCGCAGCGUGAUGGUUCGAGAGAAUCCCCAUCGAGCGUGGCGUACCAAAAGCUUCUUGAUGAGUGCAUUUUGAAGAACAGGUCUCGUAUCUUCGCUUUCAAGAGUGCACCCGAAGCGCCGGCCAGCAUGCUGCCCCAAUUUGACGAGCCCAUUCGGCCGCAGAAGAAGCAGCAGAGGCGAAUCCCUAGAGAACCAGAGAGGGUUUUGGAUGCCCACGGCAUGUUGGACGAAGAUGGUUUGAAUCUCCUUGACUGGGGAAGCAAUAAUAUGUUGGCGAUUGGCCUCGACGACACAGUGUGCCUCUGGGAUGAUGCAAACAAGUCGACUAAGGUGCUUCUACAAGCCGUAGAAGACAGCGGACCUAUCACUAGCAUCAGCUGGUCGCCGGAUAGCACAGUUCUUGCUGUCGCAUUAGGCAAUUCAGUUUUAGCCUUGGUUGAUCCGGCAACAGGACAAGAUGUGAAUGUGACGGAAGAAGAUGAGAACCAGACCCCUGUGUUGUCACUUGCCUGGAGAAGUAAUUCAAUCUUGACGGUUGGAAGAUCUGAUGGCACUGUUGUUGAUUAUGACUUUAGAAAGGAUGAUACGUCCAUCUGUUUCUAUAAUGGGCAUCGGCGUGGAGUUUGCAGUCUUAAAUGGUCUGCGUUGUCGGGGCGAUAUUUGGCUAGUGGAGGGCAUGACAAACUAGUGCACAUAUGGGAUGCCUGCAUGCCGGUCUCACAUCACCAUCCACGCCGACAUCAGUGGCUUCACCGCAUUAGCAGCCACACUUCCAUUGUGAAGGCCCUUGACUGGUGCCCAACUCGGAGCAACCUGCUGGCUUCUGGUGGAGGUCGCAAUGAUCAUUGCAUUAAGUUUUGGAACACUGUUAAUGGUUCUUGCUUGAAAUCGAUCGAUGCUGGCUCUGAAGUUUGUGCAUUGUUGUGGGACAAGAACAAAUCCGAAUUACUAACCUCCCAUGGUUCGCCGAAGAAUCAACUCACCCUAUGGAAUUACCCAUCCAUGACGAGAGUGGCUGAGCUUUCCGGUCAUUCAUCCCGGGUUCAUUUCUUGGCUGGGAGCCCAUUGGGAGGUGUAGUAGCUUCUGCAGCAGCAGAUGAAACACUCAGGUUUUGGAAUAUCUUUGAGACUCCCAAAACAACAAAACCUGAAUUGCCCUUUGCCCGAUUUAGUGUCAUAAGAUGAAAAGGCUGAUAGGUGGAAAAUAUUAUGAGAGCAAUAUGAAAGACUUCUCUGGUGCUUGACUUGAAAAUCCAUUGUUGGCAGAGUUGCACAGAGAAGUUUGGUGGAAUUAAAUUGACAACACAUUUUCAUAGUAAGAAUGAGUGCAAGCGCCUAUGAUCCAUUGUUGGCAGAGUUGCACAGAGAAGUUUGGUGGAAUUAAAGUGGCAACACAUUUUCAUAGGAGUAUGACUGCAAGCGCCUAAGAUUCAUUGUUGGCAGAGUUGCACAAAGAAGUUUGGUGGAAUUAAAGUGGCACCACAUUUUCAUAGAAGUAUGAGUGCAAGCGCCAAAGUGAUAGUGGAGUAGUACCUGUCCUUCUGGAUAAUGGGUCUUCAUUGAAUCCGAAGGGACAAAGAAACUCAGAGCAUUAAUGCUUCACUUACUGGACUUGGGAAUCAUGUUCAAGUAUCCUUUGGUUGUUGAAGCUUUUGUAUUAUUCCUUUACUAAGUAUCUUUGGUGGUUUAUCAAAUUUUAUUAUUAAAAAAUUAUAGUGCUUAAAUUGAUUCUCUUUCUUGUCUAGCUACUGGCUUGCCCCUUGACAUUUUGUAGUCUUUCUUGCAAAUUAGUUAUAAUUACUAUAAAGGAAUUCCGACUUCUGUUAGUUUUUCUGUUAUGUAGGAAAGAAGAAUGUGACAUUAUCUAAUUCUUGAAUUACAUUAUAGAUAUUGCUUUUUUAUUACAAGUCAUUCAUCAAUAAUAUUUUUCGAGAUAUUUUGAUCCCUUUAGCCUUCUUUCUCUUUUAUUUGUCUUUCGCUUUGCACUUUCCUAGCAAAAUAUAGUACAAAUUGAUAUUUAGCUCCAUCUUUUGUCAUUUUAAAACUAACAAAUUAUCUUAUUAAGAAUGAAGUUUUUUCAAUAGACAAUACAUUAUUGGAGUUGAAUGUAAAGGUAUUGAAGAUAAUACCUUCACUAUUGAUGAAUAACUUGAAGAUUGCACAAUUAGCUGAUACUGGACUUUCUAUUGGUGGCUCUGCUUAUCUAAAGUAUGUUUCUUUUAUCCCCAUUGAACAUGAUGCAGUGAUUAGUUCUGUGGUUACUCUAAAUGUGCAUUUAUAUAGGUACGGAAUCUAGGAGUAUAUUAUUACAUUAGCUAUGUCAUUGAAUGAUGAAAUUCACAAAAUAUAUCUUUCUAAUUUUUUUUUAUUUUGCUGACAUGAAGUCCAUUCUCUAAUCUUACAUCGGAAAUAUUUUAUUGAUGUCACUCGCUUACUGUUAUAUGACAUGUCAUAUUUAGUUAUCUGUCUCUUUGUAUUGAUCUCCCUUAAGAUUCAGAAAGUUUAUUGUAUGAUUGAUGGGCCGCUACUGUCAUCUGCUGGGAUAAUGUUUGUUUGAUUAUACUUAUUGGGGUCAUGCGAUACUGAAUUUUUUAGUCAUCAUGAUUUAAAUUCAAACACCCGCAAUUGUGGUUGCUUUCCAUCUGACCGAACAAAUUUUGGUGCUAUCAGUUUCUUUGGUGAGUUAAUGUUGCUUUGAUAUUAGGUCAAAGAAAUUACAAAAAUCAUAGAGAAUAUGAAGAAGUCAGAAAUAAUGAAUGCCAAUUUUUAGAUAUUUUGGUGGUCUUAAAUGAAAUAAAAUGCAAAGUUAGCUUUCUUGAGGUAUGAGAGUUCUCUCUCGGUGAUUGUUAUUUAUCAAAUCUUAAGAAGGAUUAGUGACCAAAUGACACUCCUAUAAUAUGGGUUCUUUCUCUUCUCUUUUCAAAAUUUUCUAUGGAGUAGAUGUUAAUAAAUCCAAAAUUGAGAAAUUUGUGGACUUUCUGCAACCUUGGGGUAUGAGUUUUAUCAAUCAUUUUAAUCUGUUCAUUUCCUAGGUAACAACAAUUGCAAUAGGUGGAUAUGGAGGAUGCGAUAAUGUCACUUGGUAGAAUGACUUUUCUUGGUUUUCAGCUCUUUUGUUGCAUACUUCCGACUUUCAAUAGUAUUUCUAGAGUAAUUGUGAUCAAAAUCUUUGUUAAACUUGCUUAUCAAAAUCAAAUGAUUUAUAUUGUCUCUUAAAAGGUUGCCGAAAUUAAGUGUGUAAUUCAUACCCUUGAUGUUGAAACUAUAUUUUUUUUAUGAAAUUAAGUGUAGUUCAUUUAUGACAUCUGUAUCGAAUAUUUACAAUCUUUUUUGCUUAUCAUAGUAUUAUUUCUCACUCAAAUUGAAAUGGCUAGCAAGAAAACUAUAAAAGUACUGAGAGAACAUAUUUGCUGCUUCUUAACUUGAGUUCAGGAAACGAGGCCUUUUAGUCAUAUGUUAAAACACUGGAAUUUAUCCACUCUUUGGAAGAACUCAAUCGAUUGUAUUUAGAUGAUUAUUUGAAGCUUUUAUUGUUAAUGUCCACCAGCUGAGCCUUGGUAGAAUCAUUAGGUUUGGGAAUAGAUGUAUAUGCAUUAAUGAAUCAUGAAAUUUUAUGAUCAUUUUCUAUUGUGUAUAAAACAAAUUGCAUUGUUAGUUAAUUCUUUAUGUUGUAGUUCUUCUUUUAUUUUUCAUGUGCUAAGGUAUCAAAUCUUCAGUAUUGACCCUA